AUGUGCUCUCUCUUCCUAAUCCUUUUGGCCUUAUCUGCCCACUAUCACUUACAUUUUGCGCGGCCAUUAUCAGUGGACAACGGAAAUCUUUUGCCGGGUAGUCAUCAUUCUCUCCUGCAAGAUCCCGUAUCCCAUGAGGCGAGUAGCAUAUUCUCCGAAAUAUCGAAUAUUCACAAUCAUGUGUUAGCGAGACGUGCCAUGCCUCGUUCCACUCUGCAAGUCAUUGAAGAAGGUGAAGAGGAGAGUGACGGCGAAAGUAUCGCAGGGCGCGUCGACACUGGAACUUUCGCUUUAGGAGGGCCAACACAAUUCAUAGACCAAAAAUCUGAGGUGACUAACCCGGUCAGUGGCGAAUACCUUCCUAGUGGAUCUAGCGACCCGGAGACGAGGGGAAAAAACCCAAGCCUACAAAACGGUGUCGUAACAAAUCAAGCCGGGCAGCCUGUUCAUGAAGAAAAAUACACCUACUCUUCCCUUAAAAACAAAAUUAUAAAAGAGUAUCCUGACUUAGUUGAAAUCUGGAAAGAAUCUAUCGGAAAAGAAGAUCAGGUCAAGAGGGCAAUGGAUGAAAUCAAAAAUUUGAAACCAACUGGAUUUUUUCACAUGGCUAGUUGGCGGGAUGAGCAAUUAGACGUCGCAAGAAUGCUCGCAAUAUUGAAUUUGAAAAUAAAUGGGUUAAAACUUCGCCACAUUGACAAGCCCAUCGAGCAGUUGUCGCUGAGUGAACAGGGAAAGAUUGUGAAAUUGUUCUCCGGCCUGGCGCAAUGCGAUGAAUACGCGAAACUUACUAAUUUUGAUGAAACAAUACAAGAAGAUUUGAUCAAAUACAAAGAAAUCUCAAAGAUGGGUUCUUCUCGACGAGCGAUGAUCUGGACCAAAACCAAGUUGAAAAAACCUUUCGAAGAUGUGGCGGCUGCAUUUUUCAUCUUUAGGAUGAUCCGCAAAUAG